AUGGCUACCGUUUCUGAUCAGACUGGAACUGUGAGCUUCAUCCACGAGGUGCUCGCCGGCAAAGAGGCCCAGACGUGGUACCGCGUCCUCGGCGACCUGACACCCAACAGCCGUCCCCUGAUCGCCGCCCACGGCGGUCCCGGCUCCAGCCACGACUACUUCCUGAACCCCCUCGCCAGCUUCCCCAAGGAAACCGGCAGGCCUGUCGUGCUCUACGACCAGGUCGGCAACGGCAAGAGCACCCACUUCACCGGUGAGGAGCAGCCUCAAUGGCCCGUCGCGCUCUUCACCGCCGAGCUGGACAACCUCGUCACCAAGCUCAACAUCCAAGAGUUUGAUUUCCUCGGCCACUCCUGGGGCGGCAUGAUGGGACUCGAGUACGUGCUGGCGUAUCAGCCCAAGGGGCUCAAGCACCUGAUUCUGGACUCUGUGCCCGCGUCGGUGCAGCUCUGGACGAAGAACAUCAAGGAGACGCUGAGCGAGCUGGGGCCUGCUGAGAAGGAGCUGGCGCUUGAGCUGGAUGCGACGCAGCAGUACCAGGACGAGAGACUGCAGGCCAUUAUGAAAAAGGUGCAGGACAAGCAUGUUUGCCGGCUGGAUCCGUGGCCGGAAGCGGCGCAGGGAUUCUUUGGGGUCAUUUUUGCGAACCCAGUCGUCUACGGAUCCAUGUUGGGGCCGAGCCAGUUUGAGACUCUGGGACAGCUAAAAGGAUGGUCUGUCGUGGGCCGCUGCAAGGGCAUCAAGAUCCCGACGCUGGUGCUCCACGGCGAGUACGACUGGGCGGACCAGGCGGCCGUGCAGCCUCUCCUCGAUGAGAUUGAGAGUAGCCAGCAGGUGACGCUGAAGGGCUGCAGCCACAUGUGCCACUUGGAGGACACGGAGGAGUUUACGAAGCAGGUCUUGAAGUUCCUCGACACUAAGUAA